CAUGCAGAUAUGCAUGCGAUGUAAAAUGGCCGCGUGAGGAAGGCUCGUUCAAAACAGUUUCGGUUUUUCAUUUUUUCCUCAGAAGCUGCUGAAAUAAAACCUCUCUAAAAACAAUCUGCGACACCGAGGAUCUGUCCGGUAAACACUGAGAGGAAGAGGUUGGAUUAACGGUCCAGAACAUAGCCGGUGGGAUGGCAAAGAGGAUCGCUGAUAAAGAGCUGACGGACAGGAACUGGGACCAGGAGGAGGAAGGAGAGGAGGCCGGGACGUUUUUAGUUGCGACUGAAGAUGUGUUGAAGAGCCGGGCGAUAAAGAAAGCCAAGCGCAGAAACAUCGGAGAGGCGGAAAGCGGCGGCUCCUCUUUUAAAGGCUUCAAAGGUUUCUCUCUGACUCCGGCUCUGGGCGGAGGACCGGCUCCGACCGGGUUUUCCGGGUUUGGGAACGGAGGAGGAGGAUUCACGGGUCUGAGCGGCUCGACCAAUGGGAGCAGCAGCACUCCAGCCUCCACAGGAUUCUUCUCUCCAGCCUCCACUGCCACAACACCUGGUCUCACCUUCAGCUCCGACACCAAGCAAACCAACGGCUCCUCUCCCUCUUCUUCCUCCUCCUCCUCCUCUUCCUCCCGUAAGGAGUACAGUCGUCAGCUGACGGCUCUGAACUGCUCGGUCCGUGAUUGGAUAACGAAGCACGUGAACGACAACCCUCUCUGCGACCUGAACCCCAUCUUCAGAGACUACGAGAAGCACCUGGGCAGCAUCGAGCGGCAGUACGGAGAGAAGAAGAAAGACCCUCUUCCUCCUCCUACUGUUCCUCUUCCUCUUGCAGCCUCCUCCUCCUCCUCUUCAUCACCCUUCUCCUUCACUAAGACACCAGCAGAAGAGACCAAUCAGAGCGUCACGUUUAACUUCGGGCAGAAGGUGGACAGCAGUGUCGUCGCAGCGUUAGCCUCAAAACCUCCGCCUAGCUUCUCCUUCUCCUCUUCAUCAUCUUCAUCUUCCUCCUCUGGGCUGUUCGGAGGAGAUGCUUUCAGUGCGCCCAAAACUGAAGCUGCUCGACCCACAGAUGAGAAUGGAGAGGAGGAGACAGACGAGCCUCCCAAAGUGGACGUGAAGGAGGUGAAGGAGGACGACGCUUUCUACUCCAAGAAGUGCAAGCUGUUCUAUAAGAAGGACUCUGAGUUUAAGGAGAAAGGAGUGGGGACUCUUCAUCUGAAGAAGAGCGACGACAACAAAGUGCAGCUGCUCAUCAGAGCCGACACCAACCUGGGUCACAUCCUGCUGAACAUCCUGCUCCAGGCGUCUCUCCCUGUCUCUCGUCUGGGGAAGAACAACGUGAUGGUGGUCUGCGUGCCGAACCCCCCCGUCGACGAGAAGAACCCCAGCAGCCCGGUUCCUCUGCUGAUCAGAUUGAAGACCUCAGAGGACGCUGACCAGCUGCACAAACUGCUGGAGGAGAAGAAGGCCUGAGAGAGACACACACACACACACACACACACACACACACACACACACACACACACACACACACACACACACACACACACACACACACACACACAC